CUGCGAGCAGGCACUCUGCGAGUAGUGGGGCGCGCUCGGUGAGAACUCUUCCCCCCCGUCGUCGCCUCCGAACUGUUCAUUAGCAGCCUUUCCGGCGGCUUCGCCAGCCCCGCUCCUACAAAUUGGCAGCGAAAGGAGUGGAGAGGGAGGAGGAGGAGGAGGAGGAGGAGGAGGAGGAGGAGGAAGAGGAGGAGAAGCCUUCUCGCCCCCGAUCAAAACGGCAUGCCGCGCCUCGCCGCGGCGCAGGCGCGCGCGCGCGCGUGUGCGCACGCACGCGGCGAGCGGGCGGACCGCGCCGCGCCCCCUCUGCAGAGCGGGGGCGGCGUGCCAAAGGCUGCGUCGGCCGCGGGGGCCACGGCUGCGCCGUCCCUACGGCUGCCAGAGGCAGGUUGCGCCCAGGCUGCCCCCAUGGGGGGGGGGACGCAAAGGGCAGGAUAGCAACCGCUUCCAGAAGGCAGGGGGCGGCGGUGAUUCGCCGCAGACGUGUUUUCGACAGUGCGCCUACACGAGCACAGGCUCAUUCCGCAGCUCUGUACAGAAAGUGGUCCUUGCGGAGCGCCAUUCGGCUGCAGCACUGAGUAAUUCAAAAUACACGGCCUGGCUCAGGGACCACGUUAACAUCAGAGAAGGUGGAUACACACGGACACACUUAUACAUACAUACAUGCGC